UAACUCCUGCUGGUAAGGGGAAGUGUUUGCCGCAGAGAGCAAAUGGGGAAGGAAAAAAAUAGCACAUACAAAUCUACUGGGGGGUUGUGCUGCCUGCUCUCUGCCAUAACUGUAGCUGUGAGUGAGAUCAGAAAGAGGCAGCGUUUCGAGCUGUGAACAGGCUCCCAAGAUGGGUGAGAGCAAGAUAUUUAAAAAGUCCCAGAUGUCAAAUAAGUACUUUUAUAAGAAAUUAAAUCCAAAUGAUCAAAAAGACAUCAGCAUGUUGCAGAUCAUGGGGGCCAUUUCAGUAGUUAUUUUUGUUGCCCUGAUGGCUAUUUACAUCCUAAAAGAUGUCACUGUAGUCAUCCCAGAGGACGAAGAAACCAUUGCCAACAUCUACUAUCAGGGAUAUGAUCAAGUACUCUUUGAAGAGAUUGUAAAAGACAGGAUUACUAAGGAAGACACUGUCAAUAGAUGUAAGGACUCAUGCAUUUUUGAACUUGUGGAAAGUGUUCCUUAUGAUAUGCCUUAUGAAAGCAACAGCACCACUGCAAAACCCUUAGACCAAGCCUGGAUGGGUCUUCUCAACAUGGCUCAGGACAGGAUUCAUAUGGUUUCCUACUAUUGGUCUCUCACUGGAAAAGAUAUAAGUGUAAAUGACUCAUCUUCUGAAAAGGGUGAAGAUAUUCUGAAGAAGUUGGAAAGUUUACUUAUGGAGAAUGUCUCUGUGUAUAUAGCAACCAGUCUUCCAACUUUAGCAGUACAUUCAACUGACCUUAAUGUUUUGGAGGCAAAAGGGGCUUAUGUAAAAAGAAUUGAUUUUGGAAAACUGACUAAUGGUGUCCUGCAUACCAAAUUCUGGAUUGUAGACAUGAAGCAUAUCUAUCUUGGCAGUGCCAAUAUGGACUGGAGGUCAUUAUCUCAGGUGAAAGAAGUUGGUGCCAUAAUAUACAACUGCAGCUGCUUAGCCCAAGAUCUCUGGAAAACAUUUAGCACUUACUGGGAUGUAGGACACGCUAAUGCCUCCAUCCCAGACCCAUGGCCAGCCAAUUACUCCACCAGCAUUAACAAGGAUAGGCCUUUGGAAGUACAGUUGAAUGGAACUUUGACCAAAGUCUAUUUUUCUGCAUCUCCUCCUGCCUUUUGCCCGAAGGGUCGUACCCAUGACCUCAUUUCUAUUAUCAGCAUUAUAAAAGAUGCACAGGAAUAUGUAGAUGCUUCUGUUAUGGAAUAUUUCCCUACAAGCCGCUUCACACACCCAGCUAGAUACUGGCCAGCUAUCGAUGAUGCUCUGAGAAGUGUAGCAUUCACCCGCAAUGUACGCAUCCGGCUUUUAAUCAGCUGCUGGCUACACACUGACCCCUCUAUGCUCCAUUACCUACAGUCACUGCUUGCUCUCAGUGAUCCAGAUACCCACAUCAGCAUAGAAGUGAAGCUCUUCAUUGUUCCAGUUCUGAAUCACACGAACAUUCCUUAUGGGAGAGUGAAUCACAACAAGUACAUGGUCACUGAUAAGGAGGCCUAUAUUGGGACUUCCAAUUGGUCAGAAGAUUACUUUACUAAUACAGCUGGAGUAGGGCUGAUUAUCAACCAGGUCUCAACUGAUCCCUCCAAAAAGAAUCCAUCAAUGCAAGAACAAUUAAAAAAUCUUUUUGAACGAGACUGGAAUUCCAGAUACUCAGUGAAUUUGGAAGAUGGGUAUCAACAGAAAGACUGCCUAUGGAAAGGUGGAUCCCGGAGUUAAUCAGAAAGUUCAAUAUAUUUAUGUUUCUAUGUUAAACUGAAGAUUUUUAUAUGUAAAAUAAUUGGUAUUUUCAAUGAUUUGUCAAAGAAAUAAUUUCCUAGUGUUCUGAGAACUUCUCUUAUUCCAGAGCACUUGUAUAAUCAAAUCAUUUGUGACAGUGUCUAAAAUAUUCAUAUGCUGCACUUGAUUAGCUCACUAAUUGUGUGAAAUAAAUAUGUCCACAUCUGGGCA